AAAUAUGAAUUUGCAGAUGGGUUUGGAGAUUGCUACAUGUGGUGCAAUAGUCGCAUCUGGCACUACUUUGAUUCUAUCACUAGGCGUCAUCUAUACAAUACAAGCGGAGAUAUCAACCAUGUGGUCCGAACUGGAUGCCGAUAUGGAAGAGUUUAAGGCCCUCACGAACGAUACAUGGGAAGCAAUGCUCACCCUUGGUGUGGGAACACCAUCAAAUCGCCAGCGACGACAGAUGGCUUCUUACGGUGGCUAUGCGGCCAGAGGAAGAAAUACGCAAUCGUCAAGCAGUGAGGAGAAAAUUAUUGAAAACAUUGUCGAUCUCACGCUGAAACCUUCGUUGCCAGUAUUACGUCCCAUGAUAAUCAUGCCAAAGCUUCCACCUCGUUGCAUGUGCUUCAUGGAGCCACACUGCCCACCAGGACCACCAGGGCCUGAAGGGGAACAAGGUCCUGACGGGAUCGAUGGAAUCCCAGGCGAAAACGGAUUUGAUGGUUUUGAUAGCAAAAGCGUGCCGAACGUUAGUGUUAUGCAAGGAUGCUAUCGAUGUCCACCUGGCCCAGCCGGUGAGAUUGGAAGUCCGGGCCCUAUGGGCGUGCGUGGCAUGCGUGGCAUGAGAGGUUCGCCCGGAAUCCCUGGUCGAGACGGCUCACCAGGAGCUCCCGGCGAGCAAGGUCCGCCAGGGCCUCCGGGGCCGGAUGGAAAACAAGGAAGACCUGGAAGGAAAGGAAAUGACGGAGAACAGCUUACGGGUCGGAAAGGGCCUAAAGGACCAAUGGGAGAGCCGGGUAAACCCGGUCCUAAAGGAAAUUCUGGCAGAUCCGUACAAAUUGGCCCACCUGGAAAGCCGGGUUUGGAAGGUAUGCCCGGGUAUCAAGGACCUGCGGGGCCUGAUGGACCCCCAGGUCCCAUGGGUCCUCCAGGAAAGCCCGGAAAAGAUGCUACUUACUGCCUAUGUCCUGCAAGGGGAGAUCCCGAUGGUCCACCGCGCAUUUUACCGGUGACAAAGCCCGAGCAGCUAUAUUGA